AUGCUGGAUAUUACGCAGUUUAUCGAGGAAAAAGGAGGAAAUCCAGAGCUCAUCAGACAGUCUCAAAAGGCCAGACAUGCGAAUGUCGAAAUCGUAGAUGUGAUCAUUGCGGAUUACAAGGAAUGGGUCAAGACUAGAUUCCAGUUGGACGAACUCAACAAGCAGCAGAACAAGGUGCAGAAGGAGAUCGGCUUGAAGUUCAAGAACAAAGAAGACCCCAAGGAUUUGCUGGCCAAGAAAGAUGAAAUCGCAGCUGAAAAGAAGAAGUUGAGUGAGCUCGAACAAGAACAGGACUUGGCUUUGAGAGAAAAAGUGUUCCAGGUGGGUAACAUUGUUCACCCAUCGGUGGUUGUAUCGAACGACGAGGAAAACAACGAACUGGUGCGUAGUUGGAAACCCGAAAGCGUCGCAGAGGUCGGUACUACAGCUUCUUGCUCUGGAAAACCAGCAAGCUUGUCUCACCACGAAGUGCUUCUCAGACUCGACGGUUACGACCCGGAGCGUGGUGUGAAGAUUUCGGGCCACAGAGGCUAUUUCUUCAGAAACUACGGUGUGUUCUUGAACCAAGCCAUGAUUAACUACGGUUUGUCUUUCUUGGCAUCCAAGGGCUACACACCUUUGCAAGCUCCAGUUAUGAUGGACAAAGACGUCAUGAAGAGAACCGCUCAAUUGUCGCAAUUCGACGAAGAACUUUACAAAGUGUUGGACGGUGAAGACGAAAAAUAUUUGAUUGCCACUUCUGAGCAGCCCAUCUCCGCAUACCACUCCAACGAGUGGUUUGAGAAACCUCAGGAACAGCUGCCUGUUCGUUACGCUGGUUACUCGUCGUGUUUCAGAAGAGAAGCUGGCGCUCACGGUAAGGACGCCUGGGGUGUUUUCAGAGUUCACGCUUUUGAAAAAAUCGAGCAAUUUGUUCUAGCGGAACCUGAAAAAUCGUGGGAAGAAUUUGACAGAAUGAUCGCGAUGUCGGAAGAGUUCUACCAGUCGUUGAACUUGCCUUACCGUGUCGUGGGUAUCGUUUCUGGUGAAUUGAACAACGCUGCCGCCAAGAAAUUCGAUUUGGAGGCCUGGUUCCCAUACCAGCAGGAGUACAAGGAAUUGGUCUCAUGCUCCAACUGUACCGAUUACCAAUCCAGAAACUUGGAAAUAAGAUGUGGUAUCAAGAAGAUGGGUGACAGGGAAAAGAAGUACGUUCACUGUCUGAACUCGACCUUGUGCGCUACUCAAAGAGCUCUAUGCUGUGUCUUGGAAAACUACCAGACCGAGGAAGGUCUCAUCGUUCCAGAAGUCUUGAGAAAGUACAUUCCAGGUGAACCUGAGUUCCUUCCUUUCACAAAGGAACUUCCUAAGAACUCGACUUCUAACAAAAAGAAGAAUGCCGACGCCAAAUAA